AUGGGAGAUAACAUCACAAUCCCGCUGGAAUACUUGAAACAACUCGAGCAACGGGUCGCAGAGCUGGAUCAUGAGUCUAGCGUUAUAGAGACCACGGUCGAAACAUGUGAUGCUGGAGUCCAGACGGAUUUUGAAGACCCAGAACACAAGCGCAGUAAUACAGGCAAUGACUCGGACUACCUGAUGGCCGAGCAGAAUAGUAGCGGGGAGAAUGACGGCUCUUUUAUGCUUCUGCCAGACUUGCAACACAGCAGCGAAAGAUCACCGCGAAAAUAUCCAUCAUCUUUCUCGCCUGACGCGUUCUCUUUAUUCCCGGAGACGACAUUCGACGUCCCCUGGAUUGACCUGGCACCCUCGUAUCCUUUGACUGAUGACGAUGCCCCUUGGCUCAAAGAGCUCUAUACAAAUGUGUUUUUCUCCGUGACUCACCGCGAGUGGCCCUUCUUGAACGAAACAGCUUGGAAAUCAUGGCAUGCCGAGGCAGUCCUGGAAGGGCAGGAUGAAUGGAAAGCCUUCUUUCUGCAGAUGGUGUAUGCUAUUGGUGCAUCCCUUUGCAAUGUUUUACAACGAGACCCUUCGCACUCCGUUCGGUCAAAGGAGUAUCAUACCUCGGCUAUGAGAUAUUACCCAUAUGUUGUCGGGCAUUCGUCUAUGGUCUUGCAAAUCCAAGCUUCACUGUUCAUGAUACUCUAUGCUAUGCAUUCUCCUUCUUCCGAAGACAUCAUAACGAGCGUCUCUUCUGUGCUACCUUUCUGUACAGCUGCCAUGACAGAGAUCCGGAAGCACGUAUCGAUAUGCCGCGACAAUGGAUCCAUGACCGAAUUUAGCGAGGUUUUGUCUGAGAACAUGUUCAUUACUUGCUACAUGCUCAAUGAAGUCAUUGUUUCAGGGUGGGACCGACCAGUGUCGGCUGCCUACAGGGUUGUUGACGAUGACAUGUGCACUCUGGGAGAUACCCUCCAACCAACCCUAAGCACAAACCCCGCUAUAAGACACUUGUUCCGACUACGCAAGAUCCAAGCCAGCAUCAGAAGAACGCGGGAGAACCGACCCCGAAAUCCCCUCGCCAGAUAUGGUAAAGGUUAUACCUCCUCAUUCAAGUCCGCUCUCGAUAGAUGGCGACAAGAGAUUCCACACUACGAAUUAGACAGUGACCAACACGGCUAUCUCCAUCCUAUAUGGAUGCGAAAGCUGUAUGUUUACAGUCUCUUGAUCCUGAUAGAAGAGAAAGGCGAUCUCAUCGAGAUGGACGGAAUAGAGGAAAUUCUCGCGACGAUAGCGGAGGUCUGUCUCAAUUUCCGGCUGCUGCAAGAAGAAGGACAUGUGAUGUGCUUUACCUGGUCUGCACUUGUAUUCCAAUUCCGAGCGGGAAUCAUGAUGCUUUACAUUGUCUGGGCGACAACCCCAAUCACUGAUAUUCGGGAUCAACAGCGUAUCAGAGAGAACAACCAGCAGGCCAUUGCUACAUGUGCAGCCAAUCUAGCUGGCUUUGUCGACCGGUGGAACGACGCAACGCCAUAUAUGAAAGUGCUGGAGUUCGUACGACAGAAGAUCAUGUGGGAUUCUGGCACAUUUGAAGCUAAUUCUAGUGCUGCAAUACCACUGGAAGUGGCUGAAUUGCACUUGGAGCAGUUGAGGAAGAGUUAUCUACACCGAGCUGUCUUGGGGAUGAUUGAAGAUAUGAUAUAUGGGAGGAGUAUACAUCAGGACAUUUUAGAGGAAGAUUAUAGAGAGAUGUCGUAA